AUGCUGCUGAGGAGCGUGUGUUGUAUCUCAGUAGAGGCUCCAGCAGAGAUCAGCGUGGUCAGAGGAGCCACCGUCACCCUGUCCUGCUCCUUCACCUCCUCCAGUUCCAUCACCAGCCUCAUGUCUGUCGACUGGACCUUCAGACCCGAGAGCGGGGGUCGUGAGCAUGAUUUCUUUCACUUCUCGUCUCAAGCUUACCUGCCGAAGGAGGACUAUUUUAAGGGUCGUGUGAAGUGGGCCGGCAGCCCGUCACGAGGCGAAGCAUCGAUCCAGCUGCUGAACGCCUCACUCACUGAUAACGGCACGUACACCUGCACCGUACGCAACCCUCCUGAUGUGCACGGAAACCCGGCCCAGACUGUCCUCACCGUCACACCACAGAGACGCUCGGUGACGUUCACGGAUGUCGGCGUGUUGCUGGUGUUUGUUCUGGUCCCGUCAGGAAUCAUCACGCUGGUGCUGCUGGGUCGAAUACUGUGUCCGUGUUGGUCUGUGUCAGAGAAGCGUCCCGCCGCGGCCCAUCACUCGCCCAUCGAGGUGGUCACUGGUGAUGAGUAUUUCUACGGCCAGACACAACAGAAACAGAGCCUGUGCUGCUGUUACUUUAAGGUAAACGAGCCUCUGUAGUGUGGAUGAGAUAUUUAGAUGAUGAACGUGUCUGUGUUAGUUGGAUUGUAGUGUGUGUUCAGACUUAAAACUGAUGCUUUCAUAACUGAUGAACUUUGCAACUCUGACACUGUUAUUGAACUGAUUUGAAUCAUCAUUGAACUGAAUUAUGACACUACAGAGUUCAUAAAUGCUGACAACUUUUUCAGAAUUGCUGCUUCUGGAAGUAUUGUUCCCAUUCAUUUUUCCCAUUAGGAUUUAAAAAAAGUCUUCAUAAAAGCAUUAUAAGCCAUGAACCAA